GAUCCCAGCGAAUGGCAAUGACCUAUUGGGUCCCUCAAGGGCUGUGACGUGCGGUGAGGUUCAUGAUGGGUGAGGCACUGUCUCAGUCACGUGAUGUCUGGAGCUCUAUGAAGCUCAACUCAACACUGCCACAUGCUGGUUGUGGCACCGUACAUACCAGACGCCACUGUGCACUUUUAGUGGCUUUUCUGGUCGAUAAAAAAGAUUAAAUGUCACACACUUUCAUUAAAUAUAUGAGACAGUCUGUUAAACGUAAGUAAGUGCAGUACAUGUGUGAUAAAAUGUAUAUUAUUGGCGAUGUAAGAGGAAACACCAAUGUCUCUUGUGUGAAGCCACAGACCAAUCACAGCCUGGCUGAAUGGAUGUGUGUGUGGUCUCUUGAAGCAUCAUGAGAGCGAUGACUCAACAUGACUCGGAGCUGCGCUUCCUAUGCAUUUGAACAGGAAUUAUGAAAAUUCAGCUAUUUUAAUGAUGAAAUCACUGAAAUUAUUGGAGUGAAAAAGAAAAUCAAUGUAAAGCACGGACCAUGGAACUAAAAUGGAACAAUUUAAUGUAAUCAUAAGUUUUUUUUUUUACUAUUCACAUGGAAUGGAAAGGAAAGCCCACCAGGGGCAGUGAGGCUCUGCCUCACUUGCCUACCCUGACCGUACGUCACUGCUCAAGGGUCAGUUCUUGGAUGCCUCCUGGGAUGCCUCCUGUUGAGCCUGUAUAUGCUACCCUUGGGUCAAAUUCUUCAGAACUUUAAUUUUGACUAUCAAAGCUAUGCAAAUGACACACAGUUAUAUCUAGCAGUGUCUCCAGAUGACUACAGUUCAAUUGAGGUGUGUCACUGUCUAAAACAGAUAAAUACCUGGAUGAGCCAAACCUUUCUUCAAUUAAACCACAACAAAACUGAGAUAAUUGUUUUUGGCAAUAAAGAAAAGAGGAUUGCUGUUAGUAAAUACCUGGAGUUACUCUCUUUAAAAACCAAUGACUAAGGUCUCUUUAAAAACCAAUGACAACACCGAAACCUUGGUGUUCUGAUAGAUUCCGACCUGAUUUUCAAAAGUCAUAUCAAAUCAAUUACUAAAACUGCCUUCUACCAUCUGAAGAACAUAUCCAGAGUGAAGGCUUGCAUGUGUCAAGCAGACCAGGAGAAGCUCAUCCAUGCUUUUAUCUCAAGUAGACUUGACCAUUUUAAUGGUCUUCUGACUGGACUCCCCAAAAAGAGCAUUAAACAGCUGCAGCUCAUUCAGAAUGCUGCAGCUCGGGUUCUGACCAGAACAAAGAGGUCAGAGCAUAUUACUCCAAUUCUAAAGUCUUUACACUGGCUUCCAGUCAGCUUUAGAAUAUAUUAGUUCUGCUACUGGUCUAUAAAUCACUAAAUGGUUUAGGUCCUGAAUACAUGAAAGAAAUGCUAAUGAGUUACCGUGUGUAUGAAAUGCGCUACAUAAAUAAAUUUGCUUUGACACUGAAAAAUUACAGUCCCUCAAAAUUUUUUGAUAACAUCAGGGAUAGGAAUAAUAUAUAUCUGGCUGUAACAACUUUUUCCUUUUAAAAAAAAAUUAAUUUGGGCAGGGUAUGAAACAUUUUGUCAUUGCUUUACUUUUACAAGAUUUCUUGACUUAAAAUUCUGAAAUCUCACUAUCAACAAAUUCUUCCAGAAAUCUGGCAGGUCUCAGAGCUCUUACAGCAGGAUAUUUAUAUAGCACACAUUCACAUACAGAAAUGGCUAAAAUAUUAAAAAAUGUGAAAAAGCAAAUUAUUAUUUUUUUUAUGUUUUGUUUUUUUUAACAUUUUGUUUUUGAAGUCAAUAGGACAUGAAAGGUUUUAUGAAGUCAGACAAGAGAGAGACCUUUGCAACUGCAUUCAACACAAAUACAUUAAUGAUUCUGCUUCAUCAGGCUGGGGGAAAUGUCCAGCAAAGGAGUUUGUCUAUGAGUCUGCAUGCUGUUCGACAAAUAAGAUUGACAUAUUGGGCUGUUCAGUUUCAAGUCUGGAUAGACUCAGACUUAAAAUGUAUUUCCUGUUAGGCGUGCCUCUCUGCUUUCACUUCUGCUUGCCUGAUUGCUUCAAAAUAGUGAGUAGAACUUGUUGCAGUGACUGGAUCCUCUCGGCAAGAUGAGUUUUUCCAGUCAUGCAUCUUCUAAGGAUACACGCAAUGAGCUAGUAAAUUUGGGAUGGUACCACUAUGAUCUUUCCCGUCAUGCUGCUGAGGCACUCCUCUUGUCCAAUGGAAGUGAUGGAAGUUACCUCUUGAGAAAUAGUAAUGAGGGGCCAGGCUGUUUUGCGUUGUCUGUCAGGGCGAAGGAUUCAGUAAAGCAUUUCCAUGUGACACGCAAAGACAAUGGCUAUGUGUUUGGGUUUAACACAUUUGCAACCCUUCAUGACUUUAUCAACCACUUUGCCAAUCAGCCACUAGUAGGCAGCGAAACAGGAACUCUCAUUGUGCUCAAGUAUCCGUACCCAUGGAGAGUGGAAGAGCCAUCCAUUUAUGAAUCUGUGCGGGUUCACACAGCUCUGCAGACUGGACGCACAGAAAAUGAUCUUGUGGCAAAUGCUCCCUCACUCGGUACAAAGGAAGGCUAUCUACUGAAACAAGGAGCAAUUGUAAAGAGCUGGAAGCAAAGAUGGUUCACACUAAGCAGAAAUGAACUGAAAUACUUCAAAGACCAAGUGUAUGAGGAGCCCAUUCGAACCCUGGACCUAAAGGCAUGCUCUGCAGUCCAGUUUGACUACUCUCAAGAAAGAAUCAACUGCUUCUGUCUGGUGUUUCCAGAGAGAACAUUUUAUCUCUGUGCAAAGACUGGUGUGGAAGCAGAUGAGUGGAUCAAGAUUCUCAGAUGGAAAUUGGAUUUUCUGUUAAAGAGCAGAAUUCACGGUUUCAAUAAAUCACAGCAAGUUGUCCAGGUCCUGCAGGAGCAAACAGCCUAAGACCAUCACACUACCAUCACCAUGUUUGACUGUUGUCACAGGCACAGAAAGGUCCAUGAGUGAAGAGAUUGAAACGUUACUGCACAUUAAGGACAACGCUCCAAAUUGAAGAAAGGACACUUCCUUGAUUAGACUGCCUAUGCCAAGUGUCAUAAUUUGGAAAAACAUUAAAAAUACCCUAAUGGGAGUCUUUGCUAUGAAUUGAAAGACGGUAGUUCUUAAAUCAUCAAAGUAUCAUUCAACAAUAAAGCAGGUAUCCCAUGUCAUUGCACUAAUUCAAAAGGUCAGUAUUUGUCCUUUUAAUAUGGACAUCUAAGCGGUACGUUAAUGUUGAUUCAGCGGUCAUUUUAUUUGAAACUCACUCAAAGAGAACAUUCAAUCAUGCAUUUUUGGGUCUAUUUUUAGAGGCAUCUUUGUACAGUAAGCUUUUUUUCCCCACUUGUGGUAUCUUUUUGUGUUUUAUGUCUAUUAUGUGGAACCAAAAUAAAGAAAGCUAGUGCAAAACAGUGAGUUACUAAUUGUGUAUUUGUUGGUGGCAUGAAAGCUACUGGAUAAGACUACAUUCUCCUCUGCGUAGACGCAGAGGAGAAUGUAGCAGGAUUAAGCAUUAUUAAAGCAGGAUUGAGCAUUUCCACCUGCAACUGUAUACACACAUGGAUAAAAUUGUUGGUAAGCCUCUGUGAAUGAAAGAAAAACCCAUAGUGGUCAAAGAAAUAACUUGAAUCUGACAGAGUAAUUAAAUUUUUUUUUAAUGGAAAUUAACCAAUAAAAAUCAGACAUUGAUUUUGAAUUAUGGUUCAACAGAAUUAUUUUAAAAACAAACUAAUGAAACAGGCCACGACAAAAAUAUUUUUGUUGCACAACAUUUUUGAAUCACUUCAAACGAUUUUUGUAACUUUCAGUGAGACCUCUGCACCUCUCAGCAGGUAUUUCGGCCCACUCUUUGUGAGCAAACUGUUCCAGUUGUCUCAGGUUUGAAGGGUGCUUUCUC